CUAUAUAUCCUGGGGAGCAAAUGGGACUUGUCCGAUGACAGCGAGAAGGAAGAGCGCAUUCUCGAUCUCGAAUCUCAGGCAUGAGUCAGACUGUCAUGGAAGUCGCGAUUGCCAUAAUGACCAAGAUCGACAACUUGCCUGUCGUGUCCACCGAGUGUUGCAUCUAUCGAGUGCCUGAGAAGCUCCGCAGAGCAAACGAAGAGGCCUACACACCUCAAGUCGUCUCCAUCGGGCCGUUCCACCGUGAUAAGCCCGUGCUUCAGCUGAGGGAGGAGAUCAAACUGAGGUACUUGAAAGGCUUCCUCAGCCAAAUCGAGGAUGACCUCCUGGCUUGUACCAGAAUGAUCAAACGAUCGGAAGACCGAAUUCGGCAAUGCUACCAAGAAAGUCUCAACCAAAGCAGAGAGGAGUUCGUUGAAAUGAUCUUAGUGGAUGCAGUUUUUGUAGUUGAGCUUUUCAUAAGGAACCAUUACCCCGAGCACAGAGAUGAGAACGACGAGAUAUUCAGCAAGCAGUGGAUGAGCAAUGCCGUGUUCCACGACGUCCUGCUGCUGGAAAACCAAGUCCCGUUCUUUGUCCUCGAGACUCUCUAUAGCCUCACCGCAUUGAAGACCACUAUCACAUUCUUCAAGCUCAGUUAUGAGUACUUCAAAGAUGUCUUGUACGGGCAUGAGCUUGCAGGCACGAGAACCCAGGUGAGGCACCUAGUGGACUACGUGCGAGUCCUGCAACUGCCCUCAUUCCCGCGGGGCGAGUCGUCCAAACAGGCCAAGAAAUUCGAGCUGACUCGGAGCGCAAAGGAGCUGCAAGAGGCCGGCGUCAAGUUCAGACAGGCUGAGGGAACCUCCUCCGUGCUUGAUGUUGUCUUCAGGGAUGGGACCCUCGAGAUGCCACACCUGAUUGUGCACGAGUGGACCGAGGUGUACUUCAGGAACAUGAUCGCAUACGAGCAGUGCCACCACGACUACAAGUACAUCAGCAGCUAUGCCGUCCUCAUGGACAGCCUCAUCCACACGCCCAAAGACAUCGACAUUCUAACCUACUGUGGGAUUUUGGAAAAUCAGCUUAAGAGCACAGACGACGUGGCUAGUCUCUUCAACAGCUUGUACAAGGAGACCAUGAGGGAAUCCAGCCAGUUCUUGUACUCCAGCCAGUGCGAGAGUUUGAACGCGUACAGCAGGACCUGGUGGCACCGGUGGAUGGCCACCCUCAACCGGGACUACUUCAGCAAGCCUUGGUUCAGGUUCUCCGCCGUCACUGGGGGGGUGCUGCUCGUUCUCACCACAGCACAAACCGCGUGUUCAUUGAUUGAUGCUUAUGCGGGCGACGCAGGGAGAUUGUUCCGUUGGCACAAGUAAUGCACGUCCGAAUAAACUUUUCACCAACUA